AAAAAAGCUUUUCCUCAGUGACCGGGCCCCGUACUUAGGCGCAGACGGGUAAGCGGAGCCAGCCAGCAUGCCAGCGGCCCGGAGCUGGGUUUGUCGCAAAACUUAUGUGACCCCGCGGAGACCCUUCGAGAAACCUCGUCUCGACCAAGAGCUGAAGCUGAUCGGCGAGUAUGGGCUUCGGAACAAACGUGAGGUCUGGAGGGUCAAGUUUACCCUGGCCAAGAUCCGCAAGGCCGCUCGAGAGCUGCUGACACUUGACGAGAAGGAUCCACGGCGUCUUUUCGAAGGCAACGCCCUGCUGCGGCGGCUGGUCCGCAUUGGGGUGCUGGAUGAGGGCAAGAUGAAGCUGGAUUACAUCCCGGGCCUGAAGAUUGAGGAUUUCUUAGAGAGACGCCUGCAGACCCAGGUCUUCAAGCUGGGCUUGGCCAAGUCCAUCCACCACGCACGUGUACUGAUCCGCCAGCGCCAUAUCAGGGUCCGCAAGCAGGUGGUGAACAUCCCUUCCUUCAUUGUCCGCCUGGAUUCCCAGAAGCACAUCGACUUCUCCCUCCUCUCUCCCUACGGGGGUGGCCGCCCGGGCCACGUGAAGAGGAAGAAUGCCAAGAAGGGUCAGAGCGGGGCUGGGGCUGGGGAUGACGAGGAGGAGGAUUAAGCCCACCUGUCCGCCUCUGGGGCGCUCGUGGAUUGCCGAGUUUUCCUGCUGAAUAAACAGGAUCGGCGCUUUAAAAAAAAAAAAAAAAAAAAAAAAAAAAAA